UGUAAGUGAGGCGAUUGUGUAUCCUGGGAAAGGCUUUCAUUCAUUCAUUCAUUCAUUCAUUCAUCCGCUAGCUUCUGCUCCGAUGAUGGGCACCAUUAUUAGUAUUCCUGUCUGAUGAGAGAGCCCCACUGCUGCCACGUCAGGCUGCCAUCCAUUGCACGUCUGCUGUGCUUCUCCAAGGUUAGAGACACUCUCAGAAGAAGACCUUGAGAAGAGGACCCGCACCCCCCGCCCCGCACCGCCAAUGGCCCCCGUCUUCGGCUCUCCUUCUCCCCUCCGUCCCGCUCUCUACAUCCUCUGGUACUACUAGGGACAGCGUCGGCCGAGGGAGCGCUGCGGAACCCCUCUGUGAUCGACACGCUGCGAUCUACUACCCGCAGUGCUUCGUGGAGACCCGCUCGACGUGAGGAAUGGCUGCGCUGCGCUCUCUGUGAACGCGCCUCUCGGAGGAGAGGGACGGCGGUGCGCGAGCGCGACCCUGCUGCAGCCCCGCUCGGGUUUCUGCUCCGGUGAAGGUGACUCGUUGUACACUGGCUGUGCGGGCUGUGCGGGCUGUGCGGGCUCUAACACGGUGUGCGGGGUUGUGCGGGGUUGUGCGGUGGGAGCGAUGCGGAGUGCACCCGCGAGCGCUCAGCCGGCACUCCCGCGCGCUCGACGCUGCGUGCCCACGGACCUGUUCCUGCACUAGGGUACCCUUCACACACCCUGUACCCUGUCGUGUCCGACACUAACUGCAACACGCGGGGAACGCUUUUUUUUUCUUUUUUUUUUUUUUCAAAAAAAAAAAAAACACUGAAGAAAUAAGGACAAAUCAUCGCAGGUGUUCGUCGGUGGCUGUUUAUGCAUGAGUUCUGCACCGAAUGGGCGCAAAAACCGCCCCAGAUCCGCCGGGAACAUCUUCCAGAUCGGCAGGGCCCCGCAGCGGGACUCGGAGCGCAGGGAGAGCACGGAGAGCGCGCGCAAAGCCCAGCGGCUCGUGGAGCACUGCAGGAUGAUCGUGCACGAGUUUAACACGCUCGUGGCCCUGUAUCGCGAGCUGGUCAUUUCCAUCGGGGAGAUUUCGGCGGACUGUCCGUCCCUCCGCGCGGAGAUGCACAGCACGCGGACCAAAGGGUGCGAGAUGGCGCGAGCCGCACACCAGAACCUGUCGGCAAUCCCAGGGCCCGAGGAUGGAGAGAUCCACCCGGAGAUCUGCAGGCUCUUCAUCCAGCUGCAGUGCUGCCUGGAGAUGUACAUCACAGAGAUGCUCAAAUCCGUGUGCCUGCUGGGCUCCAUGCAGAUCCACAGGAAAGGCAGAGAGAUCCAUGCGGCUCCCAAAGUCGACUCCAAGGCGGACGAGAGCUCAGACAUCCCCAUCCUGGAGGACACGUCAUCCUCCCCAGUGGACUGUCCUCAGUACAGCUGGCUGGUGUCCACUGAUGUUGAGAAUACAGAGAGGGACAUGCGGGAGAUGAAGAACCUCCUCAGCAAACUCAGGGAAGCCAUGCCUUUGCCGCUGAAGAACCAAGAUGACAGCAGUCUGCUCAAUCUCACUCCGUACCCCCUGGUCCGACAGAGGAAGAAGCGCUUCUUUGGGCUCUGCUGCCUGGUGUCCAGCUAAGGAGUCCGCUGUAGGGAAGCGGAUUCGAGGACGUUGUGUGAACAUUACCCACAUGACCCCUUUGUCCACUUGUGUCUCCCCUUCAAACUGCCAUGUCCAAACCAGUCCUCUCAUUGGUUGAAGAAGGCUGCCCCAUUUUCUAAUUUUACUUUGUGAUAAAAAAAGUACAACCUUUUUUUUUAAGUAACGGAAUCAAUA